GUUGGAAGGCUUUACCUUCUUUGUUAUCUCAGAUGAGUAACAGUCUGGUUCGGAUACCUGUUGCAACUUUGUCAAGGCCCUUGUUUACCAAUAGAACUUUAGCUCCUGUUGCUGGAAAACUAAAGUUGGUGAGUAAUCUUCACACAUCAGCCUGCUGUGCUGUAGGGAUACCACAGGGACCACGCAAGUUUUUAAAAAAUAAUGAUGUUGUAUAUCCACCAACACCCUUCGGUGAAAAAGAGAGACAUGCAUUUGUGUGUCAUGCAAAAGAAAAUAUUAAAUAUAGCCCAAAGAAGAUGUGGUACAUUGCCAGUUUGGUUCGUGGCAUGAAAAUAGAUGAUGCUAUAAAUCAACUCAAAUUUGUUCAUAAGAAAGGAGCAGUUGCAGCAAGAGAAACUCUGGAAGAAGCACAAGCAUUAGCCGUUAAAGAACAUAAUGUAGAAUAUAAAAGCAAUCUGUGGAUUUCUGAAUCGUUUGUUACAAAAGGAAUGGUUAUCAAAGGUAUGCGUCGACAUGCUCGUCGAAGAUUUGGAACUGUCAGAUAUAGAUACUGUCAUUAUUUUGUUACCCUAGAAGAAGGAGAACCACCUGAGCACUACUAUCCUCACACAAGACAUCUUACUGGUCCUGAAAUGCUUCAGCAGUGGAUGGAGGAUUUGCGUAAACGGAAUAUCAAAUUUGUAAUUUAAAGGAUUUCUUAUGAUUUAUACAGUUGUAGUUUGUAUAUACGUACAUACUGGACUUGUAACUUAUAAAAGUGCUUGUGAUUUUUUCAGUGUUAAUUUUGUAAAAUAUGACAAAUAAAUGUCAGAUUAAAUGGGA